AUGUCGCGAUUGCUCUCCCUCUUCAAGUCCCUCGACGAUGCCGAGGUCUCGAAGCUGCGCAACCAAGUCAUGAAAUCCCGGGGCGUCGCGUACUUGACCUCGAAAGACGAGUCGUUCCUCCUGACCCUCGCCUGCGCCGAGAGGCUCGAGGACCUCGACAAGGCCGCGUCCACCGUGGCCCGGUUGGGCCACAGGUGCUCGGAUUUCGGCCUGAACCGGUUCGACCUCGUCUACACAGACCUCAAGCUGGGCAUAAUCGAUCUGGGAAAGCUCGAAUACGGCUCGAAAGAUUCCCACAAGAAGAUCGAGAAGAUGGAGAAGCUGGUCUUCGCCACAUCCCGCCUUUACGCCGCGCUGGAGUCCCUAACCGAGAUGGAAACAUCGGAGAGGAAGCUGCAUCAAUGGAGGAACAACAGCACCAGCAGGAUGGCGUUGCAGGCGCAGGCCACGAGCUUCGACAUGUUCAACCAGAAAAUAGGUUACCAGCGGAAGCAGGUUACUCAUCUGAAGGCGACUUCGCUGUGGAGCCAGACGUUCGACAGGAGCGUCGGUCUCAUGGCCCGAAUCGUGUGCAUCGUCUACGCAAGAAUCUGCGUCGUUUUCGGGCCCUUCGUGUCUUUCCUCCCGCACGUCUCCCUCCGCAACGUUCGCUGCUCGCACAGGAGAGAUAUAAUUCGGAUCCAGCCCGAGUACUGUUUGAUCGAACCCAUCAGAGAGCAGGUUCUAACCACCCGGUCUGGGCCUAUUCCGACGGUUGCGAAGCCGAAACUGGUCAGAUUUCACAGCCAGAAAUCGAUUUUGUAUUCGGCUGAUUUGGGGGCUAGCAGCAGCAACAAUAACAGGGUGUUUAACGCAGCGGGGCCCGCGACCGUGGGAGGGUCCGGGCUGACGCUGCGUUACGCCAACCUGAUUUUGUUGUUGGAGAAGUAUUUGGAUUCGGGGGUGACGAUUGGAGACGACGCUCGGGGGGCGCUGUACGAUACGUUGCCGGAGAAUCUGAAGACUAUGGUGAGGACAAAGUUGGCGAAGAAUGUGAGUAUCGGGGCGGCGGCGGAGGAGGAGGGAGAUGGCGAGUUGCUGGCGGAGGGGUGGAGAGAGGCUAUGAGAGAGAUAAUGGGGUGGCUGGGGCCGGUGGCGAAUGACACCGCGCUAUGGCAAGCCGAAAGGAGUUUCGGUAAGAGGAGAUUCGAGCCAAGGCCUCCAGUUUUGUUGCUGCAGACUCUGCAUUUCUCGGAUAAGGAGAAGGUGGAGGCCGCGGUGGCGGAGGUGUUGGUGGGGUUGAGUUUUAUUUAUCGGUACGAGAAUCGACGGGAUUCUAGUAACGGUGGUGGUGGUGGUGGUGAGAGGGUUGUGGGUGGUGGUCGCUGCUCUUUUGAUGGUGCUAGUUUGAAAUUUUGA